AUGGUAUCUCUUGCAAAUGCAAGUUUUAAGGAUGUUUUAGAUGAUUUAUCCGUCCGAUUUAUUGUAAAUUUACCAGAAGAAGAACUUAUUUCAGUAGCACGGAUAUGUUUUCAAAUUGAACAAGCACAUUGGUACUAUGAAGACUUUAUUAGAGAGUUAAAUCCUCUAUUACCGUCUAUGCAUCUAAGAACAUUUUGUUUGGCUUUAUUUGGGCAUUGUCCAUUAUUAUGGAAGUGGAAGAAAGAUCAAGAAAAAGCGUACAAUGAUUUCUUAAAAUAUAAAAUAAGAGUUCCAGUUCGAGGGGCGAUUAUGUUAAAUGAUGUGUGUGAAGAGUGUGUUCUUGUUAAAGGAUGGAGAAAUUCGUCAGGAUGGGGGUUUCCAAAAGGAAAAAUAAAUAAAGGAGAGCCUGAUGAGGAUUGUGCAAUUAGAGAAGUGUAUGAAGAAACGGGGUUUGAUAUUUCAGGACUUUUACGACCGAAAGAUUACAUAGAAAUUACUCUUCGUGAACAAAAUAUACGACUUUAUAUUAUUACAAAUGUUCCUAAAGAUACCAAUUUUGAAACACGCACUCGUAAAGAGAUUAGUAAAAUAAAAUGGCACAAACUAGCUAAUCUUCCAACAUACUUUGUGUCUAAGAAAAAGAAUGAUUACAAGGAUAAUCAAGAAUCUAUGCAGAAAUAUUAUUUGGUAGCACCAUUUUUGGAACCUUUGUUAAAAUGGAUUCGUAAAAAAAGGAAAUUUUGUUUGAACUCUGUUGAAGCAGCAGAAGAGUUGAUUGCCCCCAAUCUUGAUGUGAAUCAAAAUGUUCUCAAAAAGAAUUCAGAAACGUUUAAGGCUCUUCUUGGAAUACCUUAUUCACAUAUAGAUACAUCUUUCGAUAUACCAUCUGAUUUUGAACCCUCAAUUAAAGAGAGAUUUACUUUUAUAAAUGAUAAUAGAAAUACCUCUGAUGAUGAACAAUAUAAUAUAAAAUAUAAUAAAAAUAAUCUGCCAACUGCGUUAAAUAAGGAAUUGGAAGAAGAAAGAAUUAAGGGUGCUGAACGAAUUCUAGAAUUAUUACGAUCUAAUAUUAGCUCAAAUGUAAAUAAUGAAAAUGAAAAUAUUUCAUCUAAUCAAAUAAAUAAUACUAAUUCUUUUAAAUAUGAAGUAGAAAAAAACGAAAGUUAUUCAUUAUUACAUUCAAAAGCUUCAUAUUCUCCUGAAAAUGUAACGAUAUGUACGCAAGUUUCUUCAAAUACAUUAGACGGGAAUACUGUUUUAGACCAUAAUGACAAAAAUACUUUCAAUGAAGAUGCCUUAUUAUUAAUGUUAUUAGGAAAACAAAAAAAGUAUGAUUUGGACAAAAAGAGUUUGUCACAAGAAAAGAAUUUGGACAUAGAGAACAAUAAAAUAAUGACAGUCAAAUUGAUAAACACACAUGAACAUUCAAAACAUUCUUAUAAAUCGAUAGAAUCAAAAAGUUGUAAAAAUUUAUCGUCGCAAUUAUUAACUUCACAUUCAUCUUUUGUUACACGCACUGGUGGCACAGCUAUUGAAGAAUUGGAUGCUCAACUGCUUCUUUAUUUGGAAAAUGUUGUCAUGAAAGUAAAAAUGGAAAACUGA